UAAAUCUCCUCCUUUUUCUUGUGUGUGUUCUUCUAAUAAUUUACAAGUCUGCGUCUUUAAGUUUUAGAAAGAUUUUAGGGUUAGAGUUUACUGUUGUUCGAUGAAGAGUUUGUGCCGAUCUUGUUUGUUUAAAGACUUUUUUUUGGAUAAUUAACUUCUAGGGUUCUUUGAAAUUUGAAUGGUUGAAACUUUUUUUUCUAAAACAUACCUUGAUUCCGGCAAUCAUCAAAUGUAUGUAGAUUCAGGCUUUUAGAACAUGUCUAGCAAAAUGAGCAGACCACAAGAUCCACCACGACGUUUUUUCCCAUUUGGAAACCCCUUCCGGAUGUUAUCACCAAAGGGCUCAGAUUUAUCCCCAUGGCUACUUUCUCUAUUGAGCGACUUUGAGCUACUUUUGGAAGAGAGACUGAAGAAACUUAUGCCGAAGAACAAAGAUGACAUCCUCACUUUAUCCUGGAUGAAGUUAGCUAUGGAGUCACUCUGCGAGACUCAUAACAACAUAAACACUCUCAUCACUGAGCUCCAGCUUCCAGUCUCUGAUUGGGAAGAGAAAUGGGUUGAUGUUUACCUCAACAUCAGUGUUAAGCUGCUAGAUCUCUGCAAUGCCUUUAGCUCAGAGCUCACACGUCUCAACCAGGGAGAUCUCUUCCUCAAGUGUGUUCUUCACAAUUUACAAUCGGAUUCCGGAGAGAAAUAUCUUCAGGCUCGAUCUUCUCUUGAUAGCUGGAGGCAACAUGUUAAUGCAAACAACCCUAGAAUUGAAAACUGCCGUGCAGUUCUUGACAGUCUUGUUAAAUCUCUGAGUCUGCCUAAAGUCAAGAACUCGCCUAAAGGAAAAGUUCUUAUGCGAGCUUUUUAUGGUGUGAAGGUUCAAACGGUUUAUAUCUGCAGUGUAUUUACCGCGGCCUGGUCUGACUCCACCAAGGAUCUUUUUGAUUUACCUGUCUCUGAAAAGCCUUCAUGGUCAAAGGUCUUUACCGAAAUGCAGAGUGUUGUAAAUGAUGAGAUCAGACACAUGUUAUCUUCUGGUAGAACCACGAUUCUCAAAGAGCUGGAGAGCGUUGAUGCUAGUGUCGAGAAGCUAUCCCCGAUGAUCCAAGAUGGUGUUGAUCCUGUUGAAGAUGAAUGCUUCAGAGAUUAUGUUAUGGAAUUGGGGACACAAGCUGAGAUAUUGUCUCAAGGGUUGGAUCAAUUACUGGAGGAAGUUGAUAGUUUCUUUAAACUGACUUUGAGCGGGCGCGAUGUGUUGCUCUGUAAUCUUAGGUCAAGUGACUCAAUCUCUGGCAAUGCAGUUGGAGAAGAUGUAGACUAAUACAGUGAGGUAAACAAACAAGUUUAACCCCUACUAAAGGCAGCUUUAGGUCAAUGAAAAGUGUUUUCUAUUUUUGUUUGUUCGAGUCCAUCUGUUAAGCUUGUCUCUUCGAUUUGUGUUGGUCGUGUCUGUAUGACUGUAUUGAAAUCAUUCUGCAGUAUAAUAUAAAUAUAAUACAUCUGUUUGGCUUGAAAAAACCACUGUAUUCUUUGUAAUGAUCCAAUCUUUUUAAACCAAUUUCAGUCAAAGAAACAUAUCAGAUCAGAAAGAAUAGAGGCUUUGAUUGGUAGAUAAGUGAAACUAGUAGUAACAAAUGAAAAAUGCAAUAUCGAGCUAACGAGUGACUCUGCUUUUUGUGAUUAUGUAAUCUUUCACUCUUUACAUUCAGAGGUCACUUGAGAGAUCUUUUACAGUUGAAAAAAGCCUUCUUCUUGGUCUCUCUUGUUCUCGGUCUGAUCAUUGAAUCAUGUCUGGAGAAUCAAGCUCUGGUUUUACCGAUCAUUGCAUCAAAGUUGUACCGACACACGGUGGCCGCUAUGUUCAGUACAACGUUUAUGGACAGCUCUUUUGAAGUUUCCAGGAAGUAUGUCCCUCCUAUUGGUCCCAUUGGCAGAGGCGCUUGUGGUAUUGUCUGCUUGUAGGCUCUCCAGAAAAUUCUAGUCUUGGUUUCCUUCGCAGUGACAACGCAAGAAGAUACGUCAGACAACUUCCGCGAUACCCGAAACAGCAGUUUGCUGCUAGAUUCCCGAAAUUGCCAUCUAUCGCUAUUAAUUUGCUGGAGAGAAUGCUUGUUUUUGAUCCUAACCGGCGCAUCUCAGUCGAUGAAGCCCUUGGCCAUGCUUACGGCUUACCUAUCACCGCACCAUGAUGUGGCUAAAGAACCAGUCUGUUAAACUCCUUUCAGCUUUGAUUUCGAGCAUCCUUCUUGAACAGAAGAACACAUAAAGGAGCUUAAGUACAAGGAGUCUGUCAAAUUCAGGGAAUGUGCAGGCAUCACCGAGUGAGCAGUGCGGUUUCUUUCUUGGUAGAUAUGGGAAAGAAAGGCUUUAAAGGGAAUGUACUAAUCAGUGAAUAUUGCAACGUCAAUAACAUUGAGAAGGCUAUGCAUUUGUACGGCCAGAUGGUUAAAGCUGGAUGCUCUCCUGACGCUAAAAAUAUUUUACGCUUUGAUCUCUGGUUUGGCUAGACGCCUCCAUGAUGCCCUCAAAAUGGUGGAGAAACUGAUUGUAGCAGGAUUGUCUCUUGACUUGCUGGCUUCUAAUCUGCUCACUGGAUUGUUUUGUGAUAAGAACAAGGCAGAUGAGCUUCAUGAGUGAGAAGGAUGUACCUUUAUUUUAAGCCGAGGAUCUGAUUUAUGGCUACUUACUUGUGUGGUAUCACGAAGAGAGUUAAAUCUUUUUACAGAGACGAGUGUAUCCAUCGUGCGGUCAUCUAACUGGUAGAGAUCAGAUGAUAGAGAUGAAAGUAAAUCUGCUUCUUCGAAUUCGGAUGCGCUGAUUCGUAAAAUCUUUGCACGUUAUGGGACUAACAACCUUAGCUCUAUCUUUUCGGAGAGGCAUUAUCAGUCGUUUUCUGUCUUCGUGUCCGCAGUAUAUGAGUUCUACACCACCGGAGUGGUCUGAUAAAGUUGAUAGUAUCGACUUAUGUGGCUGCGGAUGUUGUUCCCGUUGAAUCUAUUAAAGCCGUGACGACCACAAGCCAGGCUUUUCCUGCUAUAGACGAGGUCGCUAUUGCUCCCGGGGAUUCUGUUUCUUUCCCUGUUGCUGCUUUGCAGCAUUUGAUCGAUCGAUGGUGUGCAUUCAUUUUCUGGCCUGAACUGGUUCUGAGGCCGCAACUGGGGUAGUUAAGACGAGAUGGUCACCCUAGGUAGAGUUCUUUGUCGACAGCGUAAAGGUCAGUGUUAUAUGCAACAAUGAUUCUGAUAUGAUUCCUUGUUUUAGGAUUUCUGAUCCCUAGCUCUUUAUCCGAGUUAGUAAGAGUUUGUAAGAGGAGCUUCUUCAUAUAAAAUUUUGUUUCAGUGUUGUUAA